UAUAUAUAUAUAUAUAUAUAUAUGGCAAAUACUUUGUGACUUCUCAUAGCAAAUAUGCGUCCCUUCCCCGUAUUGCCUUCUUUACAUCUGGUGUUUCUGUCAGGAUCAAUGUGAAAGUGCCGAGGCCGUUUGAGGAUGGGAACCUCGAGAGCUACCUCCAGUAACAAGGAUGGGGGGUCUAUCGACCUAUAUUAAUCCUUGCAGUUUGUAAUGCUGUGGAGGUCCAAUCUCGUUUUGAAUAUAUCAACAGAAGUUGCUGAUAUUACGUGUCCCGUUAGGGAAUUCCAGUAAUUCACUACUCGAUGCGAAAAAUGAAACUUCAGACGUAAACGAUUUGAUUUCUGUUUUUAAACUUUCUUCGAACGUCCUCUUAUUAUCAGUCCUAGACGGAAGGAAAAGAUAAGACAUGUUAAUACCAAGGUCGUCUCAGGCGGUUUGAGGUGACAACGGCUUGUCGGUGUGAGAGACCUCACUAAGUAUCCAUGUAGAACUUUGCGUAUCAUUCUACGUGGUAAUCGUUUGAAAUCAGUCUUCGUUGAGCCAUAUCCUGUUUCAUUACUUAGUGUAUUUUUCAUUUACUCAUCUAAUAUAUAUAUACUAGCCACAUUUAUGUGAUAAAAGUAGUACUACAUUUUUUCGGAAAAACUGGAUCAUCCUGUGUACUUUAUUUCGUUUGAAGAGAUUUAUAACUGUAGACUUGUGCGAAAUACACACGUGAUUUACCAAUUAAUCUAUGACGUGAGAAGAGUUAACGCUUUUCACACUUAAAAUAUCCUCCGUAUUAUUUAAAAGUAUUGUUUUAGAGGUAUAUAUGUCUUCGUCGUAUUUUACUUAUCAUAAACGACUGAAUUGAUUUUAUAGGCAGUCUAAUUCCGCAUCUUGGUGUGAGUUUUAGGCAUUUAAUUCUCCAAACCCCUGAAAAUCUAUAUCUUCACUCUUAUAAAUAAAAGCAUUAAAAUAUGUUUACCUUCUGUUAUUUUGCCAAGAUUGAGGCAAAUACACUUCCAAAUUUUUUUUCGCAAAAUAAUUUUGCUGUUAUCUCUACUUUCCAGUUUUGUGUACCUCAUCUUGACUUUUGCUAUUUUUAUUUUGGCCCAUAAAGGAAUGGAGCUUACCAAAAUUGUUAAAUUGUUGGAUGCAUAUUGCUUACCACACUUGGCCGAAAAGUGGGAUAAUGUCGGUCUCCUAAUAGAACCUUCUAUUCCACACCAUGUGGACAGGAUUUUUAUCACAAAUGAUUUAACAGAACAAGUACUCGAUGAGGCGAUUUCUCAAAAAUGUGGUCUGAUCGUUUCAUACCAUCCACCAAUUUUCUCUCCUCUUAAAAAGCUUACGCAACAGCAUUGGAAAGAGCGUAUAGUUGUACGUUGUAUAGAAAACAAAAUCGGUGUAUUUUCACCACACACCGGGCUUGAUGCAAAACUUGGAGGUAUCAACGAUUGGCUUUUAGAACCAUUAGCUGUCAAUCGAAGAGAGAGUUUAUCUCGAUCACCAAUUACUCAAAAUUUAUCCAGGUUGACCGUUGUUAUGAACGAAAAUUUCGGAGACUUCGUCAUAUCCACAGGAGUAGGAGUGUGUACAACUAAUAUUAAGAGUAAUGCUGGAAUAACAGCCAUUGUUACCUGUACCGAGUCCGAUUUAAAACGUGUUGUAGAUGUGACGGAGGAGCUUAAAAUUUCAGUUGUUAGCAUCGAAAAUAUUCAAAAGACAAGUGAAGAAGGAUGUGGCAGACUGGUCACUCUACAGUUCCCAGUUCAUCUAAAAGCAAUUAUCGCUGCCUACAAAAAGUUUCUAAACAUAGGGCAUUUAACUGUAGCCCCAGGACUAGGUAAAACCCUCGACUGUCCAAUUAAAACAGUUGCUGUAUGUGCUGGUUCCGGCGGGUCGCUUUUAUGCCAAACACCAGCUUCAUUUGCUGCCGAUUUAUUUAUAACUGGAGAAUUAUCUCAUCAUGAUCGUCUUGAGGCUGUUUCUCGUGGUAUUUCUAUUAUUUUAGCUGGGCAUUCUGUUACGGAAAGAGGAUUUUUCAGGGAAAGAUUUAUCCCAGACUUUCGUCAUCUUUUAUCAACUGUACAUAAUGCUGGUGAAAUCCCACACUUGGAAUUGUUAUUAUCCGACGCAGAUCAUGAACCAGGUUUUGUCGUUUAACUAGUCGUUAUUAUGUUUGUGCAAUUUUGUAGUAUUCGAUGUGUUACAACAGAUAUUUUUAAUGGUUUCACUACUUUUUUCCAUUUCCUUCUUAAUACUGGAUAUUAUUGGUCUAUUACCAACUUGUAAAAUAAACCAUAACUAUCAUCC